AUUCCACAAAUUGGAGACAAGUUCGCCUCCAGGCACGGACAGAAGGGAACAUGUGGUAUUCAAUACAGACAAGAAGAUAUGCUGUUCUCCUGUGAAGGACUAACCCCUGACAUCAUCAUUAACCCCCACGCUAUCCCCUCCAGAAUGACAAUCGGUCACUUGAUCGAAUGCCUCCAGGGCAAGGUUGGAUCUAACAAGGGAGAGAUAGGAGAUGCGACUCCCUUCAAUGAUGCUGUAAACGUACAGAAGAUUUCUAAACUGCUCUUAGAGUACGGAUAUCAGAGCAGAGGCAACGAGGUGAUGUACUCUGGACACACUGGAAGGAAACUCAAUACUCAAAUAUUUCUUGGUCCCACCUACUACCAAAGGUAAUUAAUAAAGAUAUUUUUUCU